AUGGCAGCGCGCACAUCCUGCCUCCUUCUUCGCCAAGUUCGGCCAAAGGCGAUAAAUCCUCCCAAAUUCCGAACACCAUCCCGCCGAACCUUUUCAUUCUCAUCGAGUAAUACCGCUUCGGGCGCCGGUGCUGAGUCUGGCAGUGAUGGCGGUGCUUCAUCCACUUUCAGCGUUCUUCGGGGCCUUGUAGAUGAAAUGGACAGGCUGGCGCCUAGGUUCGAGGUCGGACCGCGAGAUAUUACGAUACUGAAGGAGCCGGAGGAGUUCUAUCGCAGUUUAAAGAUGAAAAUACUAUCUGCGAAGAAAAGAGUAUUCAUUGCGACUUUAUAUAUCGGAAAGACGGAACACGAACUCAUUGAAACGAUCAAAACCGCUCUUCGAAAUUCGCCGACCCUGAAAGUUUCAAUAUUGACGGAUGCUCUGCGAGGGACCCGGGAGGCACCCGACGUCUGUUCUGCAUCGCUAUUAGUACCGUUAGUUAAGGAAUUUGGUGAAGAUCGAGUCGAGCUGCGAAUGUUCCACACCCCAAAUCUUCGAGGGUUUAGAAAAGCCUUGAUACCGAAAAGAUUGAAUGAAGGCUGGGGUCUACAGCAUAUGAAGCUAUAUGGAUUCGAUGACGAAAUUAUAUUAUCUGGCGCCAAUCUAUCAAAGGACUACUUUACGAACAGGCAGGAUCGGUAUCAUUUAUUUUCUAGCAAAUCUAUUACCGAUUACUACGCGAAAGUGCACGAUGCUGUUUGCAGCCUCAGUUUCAAGGUUCAGCCAAAUGACAAAGUCGAGAAUCGAUUUGAACUGGUCUGGCCCUCAAGCAACCCUGCUCCGUCUCCCUUGGAAGAUAAAUCGGGUUUCAAAUCUGCGGCUUCCGCCCUAAUAUCUCCUUUGUUGAAACCAACAUCAGCUCCCGGUCCGCGAAAGUCAAAAACAGUUGUCUACCCGCUAGGGCAAUUCACACCAUUGAUGUCCGACGAAAACCACUCGACGGAACAUCCUGGUAUAUUAAGCGUACUUCGAACUCUAUCGCGUGAGGAUUUCGCAAAGUCUUCUUGGACGUUUACUGCAGGUUACUUCAACAUGCAUAGAGAAUUGAAAGAGCUACUAUUGGCUUCAAAAUCAGACCUUGGAACUGUGGUCACUGCUGCUCCUGAAGCUAACGGGUUUUAUGGAUCAGCUGGGGUCUCGGGGUACCUGCCUCCUGGAUACCUAAUUCUCGCAAGAAGGUUUCUAGAAGAAGUCGGAAAGGUAAGAGGUGGCGAAGGGGUGGAGCUACUUGAAUGGAGGAGGGGCGUGGUAGGUCAGCCAGGAGGGUGGACGUAUCACGCUAAAGGCAUCUGGAUCACACUCCCAGAAUACACAUCACCGAGCUUAACGGUCGUUGGGUCCUCAAACUACACCCGACGAUCGAAAAAGCUGGAUUUGGAGAUGAACGCUUUGGUGAUAACGGAUGAUAAGGAGCUGCAGAAGGAGCUCGCCGGCGAGAUUGAGCAUUUGAAGACAUAUGCGAAACCCUUGGCAUUGGAGGAUUUCAACAAGGAAGAUAAAAAAGUACCUUGGGAGACUAAAGUACUUUUGUGGUUUCUGUCAUGGGGAUUGUAA